AUGUCUUCAAACCUAUUAUCAAGAACUUUUGAUGUCUCCAAGUUUGGUGUGAUUUACGCUGGGGCUCAGAAGAACCUUGGAAUGGUUGGAGUUACUGUGGUUAUUGUCCGUGAUGAUCUUUUGACCACUGUCCUCCCGAAUUGUCCCAGCGUUUUAGAUUACAACGUUAUGGUUAAUUAUGAUUCCUUAUUGAACACAACACCUGUAUUUAGUAUCUAUGUCGUUGGUCUCAUGAUGAAAUACAUAAAAGAAAAUGGUGGAUUGGAAAAAAUGGAAGAGAAUUCCAGGGUCAAGUCCGAGGCUGUGUAUUCAGUGAUUGACCAAUCGGACGGAUUUUACAGAUCCAUAGUAGAUCCCAAGUUUCGGAGCCGCACAAAUGUCGUUAUGAGGAUUGGAAAAGGCCAUGAAAACGAGGCUCUUGAAAAAAAGUUCGUGGAGGAAGCUGCCAAACAUAACUUGAUUUCAUUGAAAGGCCACAGAUCUGUUGGUGGUAUCCGGGUUGCUCUCUAUAAUGGAAUCUCCGUAAAAGACACCGAAAAACUUGUGGAAUUUAUGAAGGAAUUUCAAAAGCAAAAUAGUUGA